CUCUCUGAGUGUGUGUGUGUGUGUGCGCGCGCGCGCGCGUGUAUUGGAGUGCCUCAGUCAGUGAACGCAUCGUAACCAACGUUACAGAAGCUGGAUCAUUGGCUUUACCUUUCCGGAUCUGGGCCUUUAAAUGAAGAUCACAUCAUUAAAGGGGGAGAGACCUCAGCAUGCCAACCCUGGUCUGGCCGGCUUGCACGCUCUUUUUCUUUCAAUGCUGCUGGGUUUCACAUGGCUGCUCCGAUGCUUCAUUCACACCCGCAGCACAGUGACUGUCACCAGCAGAGUACAGAGCAGUCUGGCACUGUACUACCAUACAGUGACCAGACACAUGCGCUCACCGCCAAUCAGAGGCACAUGCCCCAGUGUUUUCGUGAGCCAACCGCAGCUCCAUUGAGGAAGCUCUCUGUUGACUUAAUCAAAACCUACAAACACAUUAAUGAGGUGUAUUAUGCAAAAAAGAAACGACGGCAUCAACAGGGUCAUUGUGAGGACUCCAGCCAUAAGAAAGAGAAGAAAGUCUUCAACGAUGGCUAUGAUGAUGACAACUUUGAUUACAUUGUUAAGAAUGGAGAGAAGUGGAUGGACCGUUAUGAAAUCGACUCUUUAAUAGGAAAGGGUUCAUUUGGGCAGGUUGUUAAAGCUUAUGACCGUGCUGAGCAGGAAUGGGUAGCAAUCAAAAUAAUCAAGAACAAGAAGGCUUUUCUGAAUCAAGCUCAGAUUGAAGUGCGGCUGCUGGAGCUCAUGAACAAACAUGAUACAGAAAUGAAAUAUUACAUAGUUCAUCUGAAGCGGCACUUCAUGUUUCGGAAUCACCUUUGCUUAGUGUUUGAAAUGUUGUCAUACAACCUGUAUGACUUGUUACGAAACACAAACUUUAGAGGCGUUUCUUUAAACCUGACACGGAAAUUUGCCCAGCAGCUCUGCACAGCACUGCUGUUUCUUGCCACUCCUGAACUGAGCAUCAUCCACUGUGACCUCAAGCCCGAGAACAUCCUACUAUGUAACCCCAAGAGAAGCGCCAUUAAAAUCGUGGACUUUGGAAGCUCCUGCCAACUGGGACAGAGGAUAUAUCAGUAUAUCCAGAGUCGUUUCUACCGCUCCCCUGAAGUGCUGUUAGGAAUGCCAUAUGAUCUGGCAAUAGACAUGUGGUCAUUGGGGUGCAUUCUUGUGGAGAUGCAUACAGGAGAGCCUUUGUUCAGUGGAGCCAAUGAGGUGGACCAAAUGAACAAAAUAGUUGAAGUCCUAGGUAUCCCACCCAGUCACAUAAUGGACCUUGCACCAAAAGCCAGAAAGUUUUUUGAGAAGUUGUCUGAUGGGACGUGGAGCAUUAAGAAGACCAAAGAUGGGAAAAGGUACAAACCCCCAGCUUCUCGUAAACUCCAUGCCAUCUUGGGGGUGGAGGCUGGUGGACCUGGCGGUCGAAGAGGCGGCGAAUCUGGCCACGCGGUGGCUGACUACUUGAAGUUCAAGGACCUUGUGCUCAGAAUGCUGGACUAUGACCCCAAGACUCGAAUCCAGCCCUACUACGCGCUCCAGCACAGCUUCUUUAAGAAGACUGCAGAUGAGGGAACAAACACAAGCAGCAGUGUUUCAACAAGUCCUGCACUUGAGCAUUCGCAGUCCUCAGGGACCACCUCUAGUACAUCCUCAAGCUCAGGAGGAUCAUCUGGAACGAGUACCAGUGGCAGAGCGAGGUCUGAUCCCACUCACCAUCAUCGGCACAGUGGGGGGCACUUUAGCACAGCAAUGCCAAGCAUAGACUGUGACAACCUCCGCCCUCAGAAAAGACAGCCUUACCAUCCUCCGGUAGUAUGGACUGAUGGUGUUGGCCCAGAAGUUGUCACGGUAGAGACGCAUCCAGUGCAGGAGACCACCUUUCAUGUGCCUCCCCAGCAUCCUAAAGCAUUACACCCUCAUCACCACCACCACCACCACCACCACCAUCACCAUGGACAGGUCAUAACCGCGUUCCCUCGGUCACGGCUCUACAACUCGCCCACCAACAGCGCCUCCACGCAGGACUCCAUGGAGGUCGGGCAUGGCCAUCUGUCCAUGACAUCGCUGUCUUCCUCUGCCUCCUCUUCCUCCACCUCUUCCUCUUCCACAGGAAACCAUGGCCACCAGGUGUACCAGUUCCGCCAGGGGCCCACCACAGCCCUGGGCUUCAGCCGAAUCGGGAGCAUGGGUUUGGGUGCCUUCUCAAAUCCCCGCCAAGAAACUGGCAUCGCUGGACAUCCACCGUACUCGGUUCCCUCCAACACGGGGCCCGGGCACUUCAUAACGGAGGGACAUUUGGGAAUGAGACAAAGCAUUGAUAGAGAUGAGUCUCCGAUGACUGGAGUCUGCGUUCAGCCGAGCUCCAUGGCUAGUUCGUGACUAAUCUGAAAAUGUUUUGUUUUUUCUGUAUGUGGUUAUUAUGAAUAUUUUUUUCUAGGUGAUAUUUUCCUUUUCUCCAAUUUUUAAAUGGUGCAUAGAGAACAAAAAGCUGCUCACUUUUUAGGGGAGAUAUCACUGAAACGCUACAACUGAAGAGUAUUUAAAGUAUAUGUAUUUCAAAUCUCUUUUUUUUUUCUCUCUCUCUCUUUUUUUUUUUCUUUUUUUUGGCCCACCUAACCGACUCAUUCGUAAUACUGCAAAACGACCAUCAUAAGAUUGCAUCUGCCAGUUCACUCACUACACAUAGUACUCACGUCCCACUCGUUGUUUGUUCAUUUUUUAAAAAUCUCUUUUUAGUAUUUCAGAGCCAAUAACUGCCACACAACUAUCUACAUGUAAAGCAAUGCAAAAAAAAAAAUCCAUUUACAUUCCAACGGUGAAUCAUUUAGCUUUUUCUUUUUCCCUUGAUAAUUUAUUUACCUUUUAUUUGAAACCUCUCGGAGCUGUAUGUUUAAAACCUGUAGUGUGUGCAGGAAGAAGUACUCGCAGUGGUCUUUGGUGUUGUCUGUAUUGUGUAACUGUGAGAAGCGUGUUCUCAGACUGUGGGAGCAGAAGGAGCUGCAGUAGUGUUCAGGCUGAGACGCGUCUCACUACGUGUUCCAGUUAUGGAGAGGAUGCACUGAAAACGGGGUCAGAUACAGAUUUAGGGGUUCACGUUAAGAACCCUGUUGGCCUUAUGAUUUUUUGAACAUUUGAGCGAAAAGAACAUGGACAAUGCUGUUCAGAUAAAUACGGCUUUCCUCUUCUUUUAACAUAAACGAUCGUUAUUUAGAGGAAUGCUGAGUAGAGUUUUAAAAAAAAAAGUAAUCAAGAGGUUAUUAAGAAGCCUUUAUUUAACAAAGGGACUUAAGGGACUCAUAAUUACAGGGUCAAGUGUUUUAAUAGUGACUUCCUAUAAUUCUUUCUUAUCAAAUAGGAUUUCACAGCAGAGUUAGUCACCCCUAUAUGAAAUGCUUAAUUUUAUUUAUUUGUUCCUGUUCAUUUUGAUUGUAUGCUUUCCAUUGAACACUGUUUACUUCAAUUUGCUUAUUCACUUUUUAGUACAGAAAUAUUCGCUGAAAUUUGUGACUGCCUUUCUCCCCUCUUGAAUUAUGCUGUGAACUUUACACAUUUUUUUAAAUACCAAAGUAACUGUUUUCUUUUUUAUUUUAUUUUUAAAUGGUCCUGUAACCAAUAAUGUAGCAGUUCACCACUCCAACACAAGUGUUUUAUUAAAUGAUCAGUUUUGUCCAUACCAAAUGUCUAUCAACUACUUUUGCGCAAUGGAAAUUUUGCGGAGCUUGGUUGAAUUGUUGUUGUUUGGUUAAACAUCAAAACCCUGUUAUUUACUUUUUCUUUCUUUUUUUUUUUAAAAAAAACAUCAAGCAGUUGGGAGCAUAGCUUGGCACAACACUGCUGCUCUGCAGGCUACGGAGUAGCUGUGAAAGAUUACAAGGAGGCGGGAAAAAAAAGGUUUUUUUGUCAGUUGGUGGGCGAUGCUACUUUUUUCUACUUACUUUGGAUGACAUGCUAAUUUUUACCGAAGUACCAUACUUCAGCUGAAAUAUUCAGGCAGUCUACUGUAGCUACUAUGAGUACAAGUUGAGUUUGUCAGACAUUUUGUUUGUUGCUUGUUUCCCCAUAUACUGUUCAAACAGAAUCUAAAUAUGGCACUGAGGGCACAUGGGCAUACGCACAUUUCCAAGAGAUUCAGUGUUUUCAGAAAUCACGUUGUGGUCACAGAAGCAAUUGUUAAUUAAUUAAUCAAUCUCACCCACACUUUAUAGUAUAACAGGUUGUGAAGUGUUCUCCACCCAUGCUCACACUUUGCAUCGGGUAUUAACAAAGACCAACUCCAUGCAUAUUACCAAUGAAUCUUUAGCGUCCUGCUGCUAAAUCAGGUAACAGGACACUAUUGUACAUGAAAGUGGUGUUUAUUUUGCCGAAGGCAUCUUUGCCCUAUUAUAAAACAAAAAAUGUUUGAUAUAUUUACAUAUUCUAAGAGUAAUGGUGAUGAGAAAUGGUUCAUAUAAAUGUUAAAUGGCUUUUAAAAAUAGUUUUUAUAAAUGACCCUGUUUGCGUGGGGAAACACAGCAAUUUGCUGAGCUCAAAACAUUCCAAAAUAAACCUGGAAAAAACUAAACAGAUAUUAAGUGUCUACCUGUUUUAGCUCCCUGAUUUGAUGUCCUUUCAUGAAAUGCAGCCCCUUUUUUAAUAGUUGAAAUAGGUGUGUGUGUGUGUGUGUGUGUGUGUGUGUGUGUGUGUGUAUAUAAAAUUUUUAAAUAAAGGAAAUACAGAAUUCGCUACAUUUCUCCUGGUAUAUAAUUACAACUGUUUUGGCUGUCAUUUUUAAGAGGAGUUUCCCUUGGGUCACAAGUAUAAAAUGUUUUCAAAAGCGAGCAUUAGAUUUAAUCAGAAAUAUUCUAGUAUUGCAGGGGGAAUGCUUUAUUUUCUUCGAUCACUCGACCUUUUUUUAAAAGGUUUGACUGAGCAAAAAGUAGGAAUGCUGAUCUGACUAUAAAUAAAGAAGCAAAUUUGGUCUUAGAUCCACAGUCCUACUUGGAGAUGCUUUGUUUUGAUUGCCCAGGAUCACAAACCCACUCUUACCAUUUAAUGGUGGGGUGUGUGUGUGGACGUGUGUGUGCGUGUGUGUGUGUGUGUGUACGCACGCUGUGAUUCUUUUUGGAAACUCUGCUCUGAAUGUUGUGCUUUAGUCUGUCAGAGCUUAGUCAAGUAGUGUUUUCCCUUAUGUAUUAAUGAGCUGAAAAUUAUGUUGGCUUUUCCAUUUAAAAUGAUGUUUUAAUUAAGAGAAACUAUUCCUAUUAAAUGGUCCUUGAAGUUUUAAGAUGUUCUAACAAAUAAAGAGAAGUGCAAAUAUAUACACUCACUGCCACUUUUUUUUUCUUUUUCUUUUUUUUUUUUUUUUUUUUUUUAAAAAGGAAAAUCUUUACACCUGCCCUUUCAUGCAAUUAUCCAAUCAGGAAAUAAUCUGGCAGGAGUGCAAUGAAUAAAUCAUGCACAUACAGGUCAUGAGCUUUAGUUAAUGUUCACAUCAUUGUACAGGGUGGUAUUUAAGUUACUGUAGCCUUUCUGUCAGCUCACCAUUCUCCUCUGAUCUCUCUCACUAACCAUGAAUUUCUGCCUGUAGAACUACCACUUUCUGGAUGUUGUUUGUUUUUCACACCAUUCUGCAUAAACGGUUGAGAUUAUUGUUUAUGAAAAUCCCAGGAGAUAAGCAGUGUCUGUAAUACUCUAAAGAGCUCAUCUGGCACCAACAACUGUACCAUGGUCAACAUUACUGAAAUCACAUUUUCUCCCCAUUCUGAUCUGAACAUGAACUGAAGCUCUUGACCUAUAUCUGCAUGAUUUUAUGCCUUGUGCUGCUGCUAUAAGAUUGGCUACGAGCAGGUGUAGAGGUUUUCCUAAUAAGAUGGCGGUGAGUACAACAGUUAUAGAUCAUUUAACAGGAAAUUGACUCAUUUCACCUUGUAAGCCACCUACAAUAUAUGGCCAAAAUUAUGUGGACACCUGACCAUCAUACCCAUAUGUAGUUUUUCCUUAAACUCUUGCUACAAAAUUGUAAAGGAUGCCUUUGUAUGUUGUAGCAUUACAAUGUACAUUUAUAGCAUUUGGCAGACACUCUUAUCCAGAGCAGCUUACAUUUAACUCUUUUAUACUGUUAAGGGCCCAACAGUGGCAGCACUGAGAUUUGAACUCAAAACCUUCCA